AUGGCGCAAAGUGGCUUCGACUUUAACAAUGAUUCAGAUUGUCUUAGCUACCUGGAAGCUGACCACAGUCGUCAAGUGGACUUCUCCAAGAGUCUUAAAAAGAGCAUCAAUAUUAAGCGACUAAGCCUCAAGAGGAGGCCUCGAGCGGCCGUCGACAAUGCGGAAAAAACGCAAAGCUGCAUUUCGUCCAGUCAGUGGCAUUCUGUGGAGUCCCUGUCUUCCUCGAGCAGUGAUGACACGAGACUCUUGGGUCGACCUCCUCUCCCUCCCCCGCAUGGCUCCACCGCAGAUAAACAUCUUUCCAAGAAUGAAGGACCAGAUCGCCGUGAUCAACUCAAGUCAUUACCUGCUACGAGAUCACCUACUUUGCAAAAACAAAAUCUCUCAUUGGAGCAGACCAUCGCUGAGCAACAACUAAACUUGGAACAGGAAGCGAUGAUCCAUCUCGGUGCCCGCCGCAGACUAGCCAGCUUCGGAGGAGUGAGCUCCCCUGGUUCUCCUUCUCGCUACACUGGUUUCUGUGCGUACGACAACAAGAAUGGUGGCAAGGCAGCUGGCGUCGGCAAUGACAUGCAUGGGCUUCUUGGUUCCUCACUAGGAAGCAGUGGUAGUACAAGCUGCCUACAGUCAAGCCCUCAGGGUUCUGGAAGAAGCACCCCAGUUUUGGGUUUCGGCCCAACGCAGUUGCUGAAUGUCCGUGAACAAAUGCUGGUGGCCCUACAGAAGCUGAGGGAGCUGGAGGAGCAAGUGAAGAUCAUUCCUCUACUCAAGGUGAAAAUCUCAGUUCUUCAGGAAGAAAAGAAGCAACUGGCCUCUCAGAUCCAGAAUAAUAAUGACUCAGCGGGAAGCACCGAGGAAGAACAUCAGGCCAAAGACAAGGACUGCUAUGACUUCAACAACAAAGAUGAGGAGAUGCUGGCACUUGAGAGAGCCAUCGAGACUGGCCAUUAUCCAACCUGGCAAAGAAGAAGCCAUCGGAAUAACAAGACAGUUGGUGGAGAAGCCAUAAAAGAACAAAGACGUAGCACAGAAUUAGAACAAGAUAUACAGGCCCAACAACAAGUUAUUGUAUCCUUAAAGCAGAAAACCAUUCACCUGGAGGCAGAGUUGAAAGAAUCCUCUCUCCAGGCUGAGAUGAGCAGACUGAAACUGGAGCUUCAAGCUGCAGAAGCGAGAAACCGAGUGGACAAAGCGUGUUCAGCCCGGCCAGCUACUGCGAGCUGCAGCACCGAGGCCAGGCCCACCACCACAAGCCAAGGGGUGGGCAACCACACCGAGCUGAAAGAUGCAAGCACGGGUAAUAACAUAGAGGUGAAGAACGUGGCCGUAUCAUGUUUCUCCCCUGAGUCAAAAAGUGUCUGUAUCGGCCCAGAUCUAGCCAUGAGCCGCUGGGAGGUCAGAGAGCGACUGGAAACCAGGGAGAAGGCAGUGGGGACUGUGGAGAGGAAGGACUUUCGGUCAGUUGCAUGUGGCGAUUGUUCUGUGAAUGUAAUCAUCCGCCAAGCAAAGGACAUGGUUUCUUGUGGCACAAUGACAGAGUCGGUAAAAGGAGUCACUCUCAUGGCGCCAUCUCAGAUUAGCUCCCAGCGUACCAACACCACUUUCAGCCCAGUUUCUCGUUUAACAAAUACAAGACAUGCCGCCAGCACAGACUCCAGUGCAAAUACCGUCCUCAGAAGCCAGCAGAAGCACACCAACACCACCAAAGCCGCUGUGGCAAGGACAGCAUCAGUCGGGAACAGGCUGAAAGACGUCAAAUGCAUUCCUAAGACACGCACAGUUGCUGUCGAAACCAUCCCUCUGGAAGGAAUUUCACCUAAACCAAAUACCCGAGACAUUGGUGUCGGAUUCACAAGUAUUCAUGAGAACUACCUGGUUGGCCUUAAAACUCAAAACAUGGCCUCUGGACCAUCCCAUCUUCCUGAUCCAGAAAAGACCAGGAGCAUUGGUGUUGGGGAAGGAAAGAUACGAGAUCUGUUGGUUUCGAACGGGCAACAGAGUGCAUCGUCUCAUUGCAGUCCUGCGGUGGACAGUCAUAUAGAGAAGAUACCGGGAGUCAUUAAGCGACGCAGUGGCUCUCAAAUGGAGGGCUUCACUGAGCAGAAAACUGACCCAUCCCUGUCUAUCGGUAUCAAAGCUGGGACUCAAGGAGGUCCAUCGGUCCCAGUUUUCUUCACCGCAGCCAGCAGAGAACUUCAAGUGCCGGCUGAUUCCAGCAACUCCUGUCAGCAGGGUGGACACGACUCAGAGGUGAAACGAAUGAUACAGCUGUUGGAACAACAGACAUCAUCUGCAGUAAGAGAUGGCUCAAAUCAUUUAGGUGUCCCACGCAAGGCGAUCAAGAAGGACAAUAGCGAGCAAGGCUGCAGCAACACCAGGAAAAACAUGAGAUUCAUGAAGGCUGCCAGCGGGUUGAACCCUUCUCACAAGCUGUCUGUAGCUGACAAGUCAGAGGAGGCGGACCGGAGCUCGAACAGAAAGUCGAGAGAGGCGGAUCCGACGCCAGCGAGACGGCUCAAAAACACAGUCACCUGCAAGCCGUCAAAAGGGUCGACAAAAUCACAAUUCACCAAGAGGUGCAGGUUCAGCGAAAAGAUGAUGUCGGCUUGCCAGGCCUUGAAGACGCACCUGAGUGAAGGCAAGCGCCUACCAAGCAGAGAACUGCGCGACUGCUUGCAGACUGUGCAGCAGGAGUGGUUCUCUGUGUCCAGCCCAAAGUCGGCCUCUGUCGAGUCUGUGGAGGACUACUUGUCAGGCUUCCGUGUCAUCUCGCCCUCGCUGCUGCGGCACGUUGCCAACAUGGCCGACAGCAACGGCAACACAGCGCUGCACUACAGCGUGUCGCACUCGAAUUUUGGCGUGGUCCAGAAGUUGCUGGACGCCGACGUGUGCGAUGCCAACAAGCAAAACAAAGCGGGGUACACUCCCAUCAUGCUGGCCGCACUCGCCGCCGUGGACCGCCCGGAGGACAUGAAAGUAGUGGAGCAGCUUUUUGAUAAAGGGGACGUCAACGCCAAAGCUAGCCAGGCCGGACAGACGGUGCUGAUGCUUGCUGUGAGCCACGGCCGGGUAGAGAUGGUUCGGGCACUGCUGGCCCGCGGCGCCGUGGUCAACGCGCAGGACGACGAGGGCUCCACGGCGCUGAUGUGCGCUAGCGAGCACGGUCAUGCCGCCAUCGUGAAGCUGCUACUGGACCAGCCGGACUGUGAUACUGAAUUAACGGAUGGCGAUGACAGUACAGCCUUAUCGAUUGCUUUGGAAGCGGGACACAAUGACAUCGCCGUGCUUCUCUACGCACACGCUAACGUCUCAAACACACGCUGACGUACAUCACUGUGGAGGAUCCUGAUACACUUCUGGAUUUUCCGCGUUUCGAGUCGGUUUGAGUAUAUACAUAAGUAACACUAAAAUGGUCGCAAAUGUCACUAUCUGUCUGUCUGGAGCGUUUUAUAAUGACCACCAUUUUAUAAAAUGGGAAUUACGGGAAAGACCAGAAAUAAUCUAUUCUAUCAGUGUAAUAUAAUACUAAUGUUACUUCCACAAUGAUUGCAAAAACUCCCCUUGCCAGUUUGUCAGGCUGACCGCCAUCUUCCACAAUAGAAAUAAACACAAGUACAAAUGCUGCGUUUUCUGUCUUGUGUGUGCUCGUGAGCGCUUUCCCAGCAAGUGCAAUCAAAUCAAAUCAUAUACAAGCACCGCCAACCAUCAAUUUGCUGUUGCCACGGCAACAGGCAGCGGUUUUGAGCGGUUCUCGGGAAAACGCAUUGGUUUCAUCUCGAGGGGACGACGCUGGGACUCGAUUAGAAUGUUGUCAGAUGUCGGGUUGACCUGAAAAAUAUCUUUCAUAUCUA